AAAUAAAAAUACAGAUAGAGUUGUUGCACAGAGACCCAAAAAGUUUUGUUUUCACUGUCCUGUUAAAACUAUAUCAAUGUAAUUUUAAUCAUGCACAAAGGUUCAGUAUUUUUUGAUGAAUAAAUCCAAACUAUCAGCAGACGAUAGUAAAAAUGUGCAUACGGAGCGGUGUGUUUGGUCACGUGACGCAACGGCACCGUUCUACAUGACAACAUGUCAGGUUGCUAAGUUAGCUAGUGAGCUAGCUUCACUUAGCUGACCAAAUGAUGUGGCUAGAGGAAAAAACCGCUUUGCUACGUGCCAACGAUAAAACAAGCAUGGCUUCAGAGAGAUGAAUUGACUAUGUCAGAAAUUCUAGACAAAGCCCUGGACUCAGAGGACAGGAAAACGCCCCUACCAUGGCAGCUGGUGUCAGCAUACUGAGUGACCUGCCUUACUCCAUGAGUGGAGCCCACAGUGGAGAGAUGGAGACAGCUAACACGAGGAUCCCUACAGCAAAGUACACCAAGAUGGGGGAGACCUUGAGGCAUGUCAUCCCGGGUCACAUGCAGUGCUCCAUGGCCUGUGGAGGGAAAGCAUGUAAAUAUGAGAACCCCUCUCGCUGGAGUGAUGAGGAGCAAGCCAUCAAAGGACUGUACUCGUCCUGGAUUACUGACAACUUGCUAGCUAUGGCAAGGCCUUCCACUGAAAUCAUAGAGAAAUAUAAUAUAAUUGAACAAUUUCAAAGGUGUGGUUUGAAGACGGUCAUUAACCUGCAGCGGCCAGGAGAACACGCCAGCUGUGGCAACCCACUGGAGCAGGAGAGCGGUUUCACUUAUCGACCUGAAACUUUCAUGGAAGCAGGCAUCUAUUACUACAACUUUGGUUGGAAGGACUAUGGUGUGGCAUCUCUGACUACAAUCCUUGACAUGGUGAAAGUCAUGUCAUUCGCUGUCCAAGAAGGGAAAAUGGCUGUCCACUGCCAUGCCGGUCUUGGAAGAACAGGCGUGUUGUUGGCGUGUUACUUGGUCUUCACGUCCCGGAUGAGCGCUGACCAAGCCAUCCUGUUUGUGCGAGCCAAGAGGCCCAACUCCAUCCAGACUAGAGGCCAGCUGCUGUGUGUCAGGGAGUUCGCUCAGUUCCUGGUUCCUCUCAGAAGCGUUUUCUCCUGCGCAGAACCCAAAGCGAGCGCCGUCACCUUGUCCCAGUACCUUACCCGGCAGCGCCACCUGCUGCACGGCUACGAGGCACGGCAGAUGAAGAAUGUGCCAAAGAUUGUCCAGCUGGUGUGCAGGCUCCUCGUCGACAUCGCAGCGAACCGACAGAUGGUGAUCGAGGACGAAUGGCUGGAGAUCCCCGACCUCACAGCCGAGGUGGAGAAGACUGUGUCUCAGCAGGCCCUUCAGCAGCUUGGGAAGGAGAUGAGAGGGAAGGGGAUCCCUGUGCCACCUUGUUCAUCUAAUCCUCUCAGCCCACCAGCUCUACAGUCCAGACCUCCUCACGAUCAACCUCUUGCCAGUGACAAUGACCUCGACCCGCUCUGGAGGCAGCAGGAUGCAGAAAGCCAUCUGAGAUCUUCUCUGUCCAACAACAAGCGCCUCAGUUACAGCGACUCUGUCCUUCACAAACUCGGAGCACGGCAGCACCAUUUGGCAAGUCUGAUGAGCAACAAACUGCCAAUCAACUGCCUGAUUAAACGUUCCUUGUCUCAUAGCAGCCUUACAGCUCGUAACGCACCCAGGUUUUGUGACCUCUUUCCUCAGGAUAUUUUCAGCAGCAUUCAGGACCCGAUUUCAGAAGCAAAACAAGACACCAGAUCCUCAAUUUUAAUAAAGCAGCUUCAUAAGGGGUAUCAGAGUUUGUCUCUUGAUCUGUCUGAGCAGGGGAGAAAAGCUCAUUGUAAUGCCACACUGCCAGCUUUGUCAACCAAGAGCAAACUGGUAGCCAGAGAGGAGCAGCCGGACGCGGAUGUGUCAGCAGGUGGAGGAGCAGGCGGAGGGCAGAUCACAGAGGUUCCCUUCUUUACCCUUCAGUCUGAGCUCUCCCCAGAGUGCAGACGCCUGCUGGUGGCCAAAGCUCUGGUCAUGGACCUGGCAGACAAGGACCUCCCCUCCAAAGUCUCAAUGUGGCAGACAGAGCUCAACUCCAGAGAGGGUGCGUGGGAGAGGCUGUAUAUGGAGAGAGAUCCGCUGGUUCUAUCCAGUCUGAUGUGGUCGUGGCUGGAGCAGCUGAAGGAUCCCGUCAUCAGCAGCGAGGAUGUGAAAGCCCUCAGUGAGAGGAACGUUAACCCACAGAACGCCCUCGACUCAUUGGAAAAGGGUCAUCGGCUCACUUUGUUGUGUAUCCUCGACUGUGCUGCUCAUCUCCUGCCAAUGCCUGAAGAUGUGGAGACUAGUUUCUUGAACCAAACAAUAAAAGUGUUUACUAAGAUCGACCCUGCCUCAGAGAAGUCUUUGUACACGACACUGAAAGCAAUCCUGACUCUAAUUCUUCAUGAGCUGCAUGACAAAGCUGUGGAGGAGAAUGAAGACUCCUGAUCCAGUCUGACAAGAAGAAGAGUCACAAACAGGGAUCCACAUUCAUUUUUGGGCAUUACUGUGUUUUAAGCCAGUUUCUAACAUCAGAUAUUGCUGAGAUCUGCCAAUCUUUAGUCUUUCAAGAUAUUUGAAGACUACGUAAUAUGAAGGUUUAGCAUUUCAUUUUUCUUUCAAGCUCUUAAUAGCCUCUAAGCACUGCCAUUCUCUGUUUAUGUGCCACUGUGCUCAGUUUGUCUGUUCCACUGUAAUAUUUGUGAAGGACUAGAUGUCGCUUUUAUUAGCUAACUGUUAGUAGGAAAAUGACUGAGAAACUUUCUCAUGAUGUAAAUGUUAUUUAAAUGUGUAAGUCAGCUGUUUAAGCUGUUGGGAGGGGGGGUCUUAUUUAAACCAAAAGAUGUUUUUACACUG